AUGUCGGAACAAAAUAUUAAUCAGAAUCUUCAAAAAGAAAAUACUCAGAUAAGUAUAAUAUCAUUAUCCACUGCUGAAACAUUAGAUAUAGAUGCUACCCCAGAAAGUAAAGAAAGGAAAGACUAUUUUCAGUUAAAAAAAAAUUAUUCACAGGAUUCACAGACGAAUACGAGUAUGAAUGAGGUAAUAGGCUCUAUUUCUUCAGUCUCAAAUGACUCUGAUAUAAACUCAGAAAAUCUUCAAUCAGAAAAUAAAGUGUUAUCUCCAAAAUAUUUUAAAAAUAGAACACAUGAAUAUUUAUUUAUAAUAUCAUGUAUGGUUAGUCAAUUUAUGAGCCAAGCUGGUUUAACACAAGCAUUAUCUAUUAUGAAUAUUUUAGCUGAAGAACUUAAUGCAGAAAAAUCCAGACAAGCAUGGCUAAUGGCUUCAUUUACAUUAUCUAUGGGUUCAUUCAUAUUAGUAAGUGGGAGAUUAGGUGAUAUCUAUGGUUUAAAGAAGGUCUUGCUUGGUGGUUAUGCAAUUUUAACUAUUUGGUCUUUAAUAUGUGGAUUUUCUUCUUAUUCACAUAACGACGCAUUUUUUAUCACCUCAAGAGCAUUUCAGGGUCUUGGAUUAGCUUUUGUAUUACCUAAUUCAUUAGGAUUAAUUGGAGUUAUUUAUGAGCCAGGUUCAAUGAAAAAAAAUAUGAUAAUUGGUACACUAGGUGCAAUGUCCCCAAUUGGAGCAACAUUAGGAGGGUUAUUUGCUGGAAUUAUUGGAACUAAGGAUCCCAAACAAUGGCCUUGGAGUUUUUAUUCCUUCGGAAUUGUUUCGUUUUGUAAUAUGAUUCUAAGCUGGUAUUCUAUUCCAAAUAAUAUUCCAACAAAUAUAUACAAUCUUUCUAUGGAUUGGAUUGGAGCAAUUCUAGGGAUUUUUGGCUUAUUAAUAUUAAAUUUUGUCUUCAAUCAAGCACCAAUAGUUGGAUGGCAAAGUGCUUACAUUAUUGUCCUUUUGGUUUUAUCAUUUUGUGCGUUGGUUAUAUUUGUAGUUUAUGAAGUAAAGUAUGCAAAAACACCUUUAAUUCCAAAAGCUAUAUCUUCAAAUCGUGGUAUGUUAAUGAUUCUAUUUGCCUUAUUUUGUGGAUGGGGUGCAUUCGGAACUUGGACAUUCUAUUAUUUCUCAUUCGUUUUAAAUGUUAGAGGAUAUACUGCUGCUUGGGCGGGAGGCUCAUACUUCAUUUUUAUUGUCUCCGGAUGUGCCAUUGCUACAUUAUGCGGAUUCAUGAUGAAGAAAGUCCCACCUUCAGUUAUCCUGUACAUUUCCAUGAUUGGGUUUAUGGGGGGAUGCGUUAUGCUCACUGUCACACCAAUUCACCAAUCAUAUUUCCAAAAUAUUCUCGGGAUUAUGUUUGUUCUUCCAAUUGGCAUUGAUCUCUCUUUCCCAGCUGCAUCAAUCAUCCUAAGCGAUGCAUUACCUAUUCAAUACCAAGGUAUGGCUGGAUCCUUAGUUUAUACGAUUACUAACUAUUCUACAUCUAUUUGCUUGGGUAUGGCUGGAUCAGUAGAAGCGUAUCACAAUGAUAAUGGCCAGAAUAUUCUGAAAGGGUAUCGUAAUGCCAUGAUAUUUGCCGAUGCUUUAGCAGGUCUAGGCAUAAUUGUAAGUGGCAUCUAUAUGGUUAUUAAUUUAAUUACUAUAAGAGAGAACUCUAAAAGUACAAACAAACCAAAACAUCUAGAAACCUAUUCAACUGAUGCUGAAUGUUAA